AUGUUGGCUGUGAGAAACAGGACAAAGCUGAUAGUCGGCAUUGACUACGGAACAACAUAUUCAGGUCUCAGUUUUGCGCUCUCUAAUGCCGCAGACUUCAAAGACAUUCACCCAUGGACAAAAUAUCCCGGCUCGUCAACUCACAUCGCAGAACACUGCCACAAAGCUCCAUCAUGGGUCGCCUUCAAAGAUGAGAAUCCCGAUCUCGACGAGAACGCAUGGGGCUAUCAAAUCGAACCUGGUAUGAAGACUUACGCAUGGACCAAACUCCUCUUAGACGAUCAAGCACUCGCGACAGAGUAUGAUGAUCCAGAUCUUAACAAAGCUGCUGGAAAUGGUCUCAUGAGAUUACCCGCUGGCAGAACUGCAAAAGACGUGGUUACUGAGUACCUGAAGGGGAUGCAUUCCAUGUAUAAGAAAGCGGUUAUUGAGAAGAUUGGGGAGGAUAUCCUUGAGGAGAUGCCUGUUGACUUUUGGUUGACUGUUCCUGCGACUUGGACGAAGAGAGCGAAAUUACUAGGGCUGCUGCUUUGGAUGCUGGCUUUGCGUCCAGACCUAUUGAUCGUUUGA